AUGUCCGACGACCCCAGUUCUUCGUUUCCGACGUGGCCGACAGUUCCGACGACUGCUUACGUGGCCUGCACGGCGCCGUGGAAACAGUACAAGGACCAUUGCUACUUUGUACAGAGCCUAACGCUCGGCUCGGACGGACUUUGGCUCGCCUGGACUUUCGACGACGCCGAGUCGCAGUGUGAAUCUCGCAACGCUAGGCUUGUGUCAAUUCAUAGCGAUGAGGAGAACGACUUCGUGAAUGGGUUAAUUACUACGCACGGCAUCAUCAACCAAACACAAAUGAUCCCGGAAGGGAUGGGAGCCUGUGGAUAUGCCUGUGCUUGGAUUGGAUUGCAGCUAUUCCCCGACAACACUACCGCUUGGACUGACGGAACACCGGUGGAUUACCAUAAAGGACUGUAUCCUGGUCCUGAGAAAUAUGUCUUCGGGAUGCUACACGAUGAAUCGUGCGAAAUCGACUGGGAAGGCUGGGGUACGAUGGCCAUCUCGGCACGUUACAUCUGCAAGAAGGGACUUAAUUGGCUGCAC